UAAACGAAGCAAUAACAUAGAACCCUGUUUGCACAAUUCCUCACUCACUCCGAAGUAACAAAACCCUGUCGGAAAAAUCUCUCUCCCUCUCUCUCUCUCUCUCUCUGUGCCAUGGCUGUGGACAGACCCACAGUGAGGGUCUCAAACAUUCCUCAAACAGCCAUAGCCAAGGACCUCUUCGACUUCUUCGAGUCCACAAUCGGCAAAGGCUCUGUCUACGCUUGCGAAAUCGUCAGCGACCGCAAGAACUGGAAAUCCAAAGGUUUCGGCCGAGUCCAAUUCGAAACCCUCGAUUCCAAAUCAAACGCCACACGCCUCUCCCAAGAGGGCAAGCUUGUCUUCAAAGGGUUCGUCCUGUUUCUCUCCGCCUCCUUCGAUGACGUCAUAGCCCGGCCCGUCGAGCCCUCGAAUCGAGUCGAGAAUGGGGUUCUGCAUUGUGGGUUGAUGGUGAAACAUGAUUGCAUGAGUGUGUUGGAGUCUUUUGACGGUGUCAAGGCUUGGGUUAUGCCCGAAAGGAAGAGUCUUGAGUUCUGGGUUGUUCAUAGUGGGGAGUGUUAUAAGUUGGAUUUACAGUUUGAUUAUGUUUUGGAGACUAAGGGGUGUCGUUUGGAUAGUGAGAAACCCAAUGCUGUGCUUCUCAAGGGUAGAAUUGCAGCUCAAGUGGCUAAACCUGGUACAACUUUAGCCCAACCAGAUAAGUUUGGAGCCUCGAUUGGAGCAUUAGUGCAUAAGCUCAAGCAUGCUCCAAAGAUAUACCAAAAAAUUUCUGGACCUAAUGUCAAUUCAAAGUUUGGUGCUAACCGGUACCACAUCUGCAAGGAAGAUUUUGGGUUUCUUUGGGUACGCACUACAGAUUUUUCCGGAAUGAAGUCAAUCGGGCAAUCAUCUUCACUGUGUUGGGAAAUCAAUGAAGAAUUAUCAACUUUUGAUAAUUUUACCAGUUUGCCCUAUUAUACGAAAGAUGUAAAAGAUCUUAUUCUAGAAGAAGGGGAAGAAUUUGGUUCUACGUCCGAGGUAGUUCCACUUGUCAGUUGUCAAUCAGAUUCUAAAUUAGCAUAUGAGAUCCUUUUCCAACUCAAUUCCCUUGUUCACACCCAAAAAAUUAGUCUUGCUUCAGUGGAUAAUGAUCUGAUUGAGAUCCUCAGCAGUUUAGACAUUGACACUGCAAUGAUGGUUCUUCAGAAAAUGCAUAAGCUGCAAUCCACUUGUUACGAGCCCGUAUCGUUUAUUAAGACCCGGCUGCAUAUUUUAAAGAAAAAUAGUAAUGGUAAGAAUCUGCCUUCAUUAUCUCUCAGCAGGUUAACAAAUCACAACACAAUGAGUUGUCAUAGAGUCCUCAUUACACCGUCGAAGAUUUACUGCUUAGGGCCAGAGCUCGAAUCCUCAAAUUACGUUGUGAAGAAAUUUGCUUCGUAUGCUUCUGACUUCCUGAGAGUUACUUUUGUUGAAGAAGACUGGAGUAAGCUUUCGUCUAAUGCCAUUUCCACAAGUAUUCAGCAAGGUAUCUUUGCGAAACCUUACAGAACCAAUAUAUAUCAUCGAAUUUUGUCUAUUCUUCGAGAAGGGAUUGUGAUUGGAGACAAAAGAUUUCAAUUUCUCGCUUUCUCAGCUAGUCAACUCCGUUCAAAUGCUGUGUGGAUGUUUGCUUCUAAUGAGAAUGUGAAAACCGAAGAUAUUAGAGAUUGGAUGGGCUGCUUCAAUAAGAUUCGCAGCGUGUCAAAAUGUGCUGCAAGGAUGGGUCAAUUAUUCAGUUCUUCUACGCAAACUCUGGAAAUCUCUGCACAAGAAGUUGAGACUAUUCCUGAUGUCGAAAUUACCUCUGAUGGUGUUGGUUACUGCUUCUCUGAUGGCAUUGGAAAGAUUUCCAACUCUUUUGCUAGACAAGUUGCUCAGAAGUGUGGAUUAAAUCAUACUCCUUCGGCAUUUCAAAUUCGAUAUGGUGGCUAUAAAGGUGUCAUAACCGUUGACCGUAAUUCCUUCAGAAAACUAUCUUUACGUAGUAGCAUGCUUAAAUUUGAAUCAAAAAACAGGAUGCUUAAUGUCACUAGUUGGAGCGAGUCCAUGCCUUGCUACUUGAAUCGGGAGAUUGUUUCCCUUUUGUCCACCUUGGGAGUAGAAGACACGGCUUUUGAGGCUAUGCAAGAUCAACAACUUUGCCUUCUGGGCAAAAUGCUGACGAGUAAAGAGGCAGCAUUGGAUGUUCUCGAGAGCAUGGGUGGGAGAGAUGCUAAAGGCAUUCUAGUAAAGAUGUUGCUUCAAGGUUACGAGCCAAACAUGGAACCUUACCUCUCUAUGAUACUUAGAGCACACCAUGAUAACCAGUUGUCUGAUUUAAGAACCCGGUGCAGAAUAUUUGUCCCACAGGGACGGAUCCUAAUUGGAUGUUUGGAUGAAACGGGCAUUUUAAACUAUGGCCAAGUUUAUGUCCGCAUUACCAUGACUAAAGCAGAACUGCAAGCUGGAGAGCAGAGUUUCUUUCAGAAGAUAGACGAGACAACAUCUGUAUUGAUUGGGAAGGUUGUAGUAACAAAAAAUCCGUGUCUUCACCCAGGAGAUAUUAGAGUCCUCGAGGCUGUCUAUGAGGUUGCAUUAGAGGAGAAGGGUUGGGUGAAUUGCGUCAUCUUCCCCCAGAAAGGAGAAAGGCCUCAUCCAAAUGAAUGCUCUGGCGGUGAUCUUGAUGGAGACUUGUAUUUUAUAAGCUGGAAUGAAAAUCUUAUCCCACCCCAAACUGUGACCCCAAUGGACUACACUGGGCGAAGGCCUCGUCUAAUGGAUCAUGAUGUGACUUUGGAGGAAAUCCAUAAAUUCUUUGUUGAUUACAUGAUCAAUGAUACUCUGGGCACUAUCUCUACCGCUCAUUUGAUCCAUGCAGACCGUGAACCAAGUAAGGCUCUGAGUUCAAAAUGUCUUCAGUUGGCAACCCUUCAUUCAAUGGCCGUUGAUUUUGCAAAGACCGGAGCUCCAGCUGAGAUGCCUAGGUUUUUGAAACCGAAGGAGUUCCCAGACUUCAUGCAAAGGUGGGACAAGCCCAAUUACAUCUCCAAGGGAGUUCUGGGCAAACUCUACCGUGCCACCGUUAACUCACCAGUGCAUGAAAGUGCAGUCCUUGUUUGGUCUGAGAAGAUUGCCCAGGAUGCUUAUGAUCAUGAUCUCAUUGUAAAUGGUUUUGAAGACUUCAUUGAAGUUGCACAAAGCCACAAGGAGAUGUAUUUGGACAAAAUGAGCACCCUAAUGAAUUUUUAUGAGGCAGAGAGUGAAGAUGAGAUACUUACAGGCAAUUUGCGUACAAAAUCAGCUUAUCUGCUAAGGGAUAAUAGGAGAUACGGGGAAAUGAAGGAUAGAAUUCUGGUGUCGGUUAAGAGCCUAUAUAAGGAGGCAAAAGGGUGGUUUGAGAGUAGCUGCAAGGCAGACCAGCAACAGAAGAUGGCAUCGGCUUGGUAUCAUGUGACUUAUCACCCAUCCUAUUGCAAGGAAAGCAUUCAUUGCUUGGGAUUUCCAUGGAUUUUAGGCGAUAUUUUGUUGAAUAUAAAGUCCGUGCAGAGUAGAAAAUUAUCAGCAUGAAUACCAUAUCUUGGUACGGAAGAGGGCACAAUUCUGCAAAAUUUUGAACCCAAACAUUGCAACAUGUAUCCAAAUUACAUUAUGACCCGUUUGUUUUAUAUUGGAACUCUGUUUGAAUGCAUGUAUUGUUUCUUUCUUUUUUACUUUA